AUGGCGGUCGUAGAUUUCUUGCAAAUCCUAUCAAUAGGAGGCAAUCAAAUAGCUGAAGUUCCCGAGUCUGUAGGAGCUUUAACAUCACUUCAAGCCCUAGUCUUGAGUAACAAUCAAAUAGAACAACUACCAGCAAGUAUUGCAAAUCUCAAGCAACUCAGAUCUCUCCUAAUACACCAAAAUAAACUGAAAACGUUACCGACGCAAAUAAUAAAACUAAAAUGUUUAACAGAGUUGAGUCUCCGCGACAAUCCUCUUGUGGUUAGAUUUGUAAGAGACAUGACGUUGCAACCAACUUCCCUUCUUGAGUUGGCCGGCCGAGUUAUCAAAUUACACGAUAUACCGAUAAACCCAGGCGAUGUUCCAGCGACGUUGAUCAGAUAUUUGACAUCAGCUCAGUGCUGCGUCAACCCUAAAUGUAAAGGUGUAUUUUUCGACAAUCGUGUUGAACAUAUAAAAUUCGUAGAUUUUUGUGGAAGAUACAGAAUUCCCCUUCUACAAUAUUUAUGCAGUUCUAAAUGUAUCACGGGCAGCUGGGAGAGUCGAGAGGUGGACAGUAAUGCUCCAGUACAAAUGAUGAGAAAAGUUCUUCUGGGU